AUGAUGCGCGCCGGACUGCGCAUGACGUCUCCAAUGCGGAAUCAGGCGUUGGCAGGUCGUGAUGCACCCCUGGGAGGAAUUGAUCUUGCAGCCGUGAACAUCCAAAGAGGGCACUUCCUCGUCGCAUUUCUGGAGCCGGCAGAAGCUACGAGAGCUUUAAGAACUCUUUAUGGUAACAUGGAAGAUGUUGAUUUGUACGCUGGCAUUCUUACAGAACGUGCUGUGUCAGGAGGCAUGGUUGGACCGACUGCCGCAGAAAUCAUCGCUGAUCAGUUCCGUAACUUGAAGGUCGCUGAUAGAUUUUACUACGAGAAUCAUGUGCAGGGAACGCAGGGAUUCAACGAAGGUGAGCUUGCCGAAAUCCGAAAAUGA